AGCUUUGUUGAACGGGCUGCUGCAGGUUGGGCGAGGAGACCGGCACAGGGGAGAAAUAAAACGCUUUAUCUGUUCCUGAGGGGAGCUGGGGAAGAAAGAGAAUGUCUUUAUUUAAAACCAGAGAGUGGUGGUCUACAGUAGUUGGCAACAAAGAAGAAUUUGAUCAGGGAUGCUUAUGUGUUUCAAAUGUUGACAACAGCUGCAGUGCACAAGAUAAAAUAAUUGUGGGCAGUUAUAUGGGAUUUCUUAGAAUCUAUAAUCCCCAUCCUAUAAAGCCUGGAAAUGCUAUGCAAGCUGAAGAUUUGCUCUUGGAAGUGCAAUUAAGUGAGCCAGUACUGCAAGUGGAAGUAGGAAAAUUUGUUUCUGGUACAGAACUACUUCAUUUGGCUGUAUUGCACUCCAAAAAACUAUGUGUAUAUGCUGUCUCAGGAAGCUUGGGAAACAUUGAACAUGGUAAUCAGUAUCAGCUGAAACGUAUGUAUGAACACAAUCUUCAGAGAACAGCUUACAACAUGACUUAUGGGCCAUUUGGAGGUAUAAAAGGUCGAGAUUUGAUCUGUAUACAAUCUGUGGAUGGAAUGCUAAUGUUGUUUGAACAGGAAAGCUAUUCAUUUGGCCGUUUCUUACCUGGCUUUCUUCUACCUGGUCCACUGACAUACAGUUCUCGAACAGAUUCCUUCAUUACUGUUUCUUCCUGUUGGCAGGUUGAGAGCUACAAGUACCAAGUGCUUGCAUUUGCAAAAGAUGCUGAGACACAAGAAAAGGAGGAACAAAAGCUUGGGUCUGGAAAAAGGCUUGUGGUGGAUUGGGUUUUAAAUAUUGGAGAGCAAGCUCUGGAUAUAUGUGUUGUUUCAGUCAAUCAACUUCUCUCCAGUGUAUUUGUGCUUGGAGAGAGAAAUUUCUUUUGCCUCAAGGAUAAUGGACAAAUUCGGUUUAUAAAAAAGCUUGAACGCAGCCCAAGUUGUUUUCUUCCAUAUUCAGUGUCUGGGACUAUAGUAAACACACUAAUUGGAAACCAUGACAGCAUCCUACAUGUUUAUCAAGAUGUAACUCUAAAGUGGGCAGCUCAGCUUCCCCAUGUUCCUGUUGCAGUAAAAGUGGGAAGAUUACAUUUGACCAGCCAUGGCUGCAAUAGCCAUUUGAACUGAAAGGAUGGCAGAAAAAGAAUAAAAGAUACGCCAAACCCCC